AUGAACGAGCGCCAAGACGUCGCAGCCAUGUUCAGCUCCAAGCAGUCGGUGCGUAUCUUGCACCGCCAUGGCAGCAGCGUCGAUAGUGUGGCCGAUGACUCGGAAGUACGGACGUUGUCCGAUGUUGAAGUUGAGACUGCGGUUCCCAAUGCUCCAACGACCUUUCUCCAUACAGUUGCAGCUGUGAAGGAACGCGCUGAGUCCGUGACAGCUCGUUUGAGUCUUGAAGAGAUGAAGCACCAACUGGAAGAGCUUGAGCACGCUCCAGCACCGACGAAGGAAGAGAUUCAAGAGAUGCUGGCUCGGUAUGCAAACGAUGCUGAGAGCAGUGAUUCGGACGACAGCGUCGAGUCUUCGUCUUCGUCUACUGACAGUAACAUAGACAUUGAGCCGAAAGUGGUCAUAAUGAAGGUGUUGGUUAUUGGCAAUGCUCGCUGUGGAAAGACCAGCACCAUUCGACGGUUUAUUCAGGACGAGUUUAGUGACAAGUACGUGAGUACUAUUGGGGCGGACUUCGUGGAGAAGAUUAUCAAGUAUGAUGAACAUCUUACCAUUAGCUUGCAGCUCUGGGAUAUUGCAGGACAAGAUCGCUUUGCCAAGUUCACGCGUGGAUAUUUUCGUGAAGCAAAAGGAGCGGUGAUUGUGUGUGAUAUCACUCGAGCCAAUACGAUCGAUGCCGUGGUCCACUGGAAGAAUGAGAUUGAUUCAUGCUGUAAGCACUUGAACAAUGGCACCGAGAUACCUGUCAUAAUGAUCGCUAACAAGAGUGACUUGCUGGUCGACCCCAUGGGCGCUCUGGAUCUUGGGGUGAACUUGCAAAAAUGCGUGGAAAAGAACAACAUUAUCGAGUGGUUCCGUGCUUCAGCUAAGAGCGGUCAGCAUGUUAAGGACGCCUUUCAAUGUCUUUUAGAUCGCAUGGUAGAAGAUCAUCGCGCACAAAAGGAAGAAGACAAGAACUCGGUCGACGAAAGCGAAACCGUGAAGAAUGAGGAACCUGUCGCACCUGAGGUCAUUCGGCUGUCUCAGACGCCACGACAGUACAGAGCCGUAAAGCAGAAAGGCUUUGCCUGUGACUGCCACUAG